CUGCGGAAUGCGGAAGUGAGUAAUGGGCGAGUUUGGACACGUGCUUAGCACUCUCCUUGCCCUGUGUGCUGUCAGUGAGGGCUCCAGAGUGAUGGCGGAUUACAAGAAGCAAUGCCUGGUCUCUGUGAGGGGCAGCAAGGGGUGGCAUGGGGUGGCAGCUGCCUCCUUACAGGAACUUCUGGAGAAAGCAUGCAAGUUCAUGAACCUGGACUUCCAGAAGGAGCGUGUCACCCUCGUACUGGCAGAAGAUGGCACAAUUGUGGAGGAUGAAGAUUAUUUUAUGUGCUUGCCCCCCAAAACUAAGUUUAUGGUCCUGACUGGGAACAAGAAAUGGUCUGCUCCAACUGCAGUAGAUGGAGGUACUGCGUGGAUGGCCCGAGAGUCUGUUGACCUUCAAGAUGUCAUGGAAUUGGAUGGUUUAGAGACACCAAAAUGGAAAGCAUUGGCUGCGCAAUUAAAGGAAAACUUGUCCAACAUUAUUAUUAUGUCAGAGGCGGAACUUCAGACGCUGAUUGAAGUGCCCGUUGAAGAUCUGGCGAGAGAAGUCUCGGAAAGUCAUGACAAAGUGCAAGUGCUUCAGGACACUCUUCAAAGAGUGCUGGAUCGCAGGGAGGAGGAACGACAGUCUAAGCAGCUCCUCCAGCUUUAUCUACAAGCCAUAACAAGAGACGAAGGUUCCGGGACGAGUUCAAUUGCGGCUGUAAAUACUGAUGAAGUUGAUGCUGGUCAACAGAGCAGAACUCCGCUCCUUGCUGUUUCAAUCAUCAAAACAUUGAAAGAGAAAAAACUGCCACAUGUUAGUUUAUCAAACAGUGAGCUAGAGGCUGUCACAAAUGAGGAUUCCAACACCUUGGCAGUGGCUUUGAACUGGAAAACACAGAAGGCUGUUGAACUUCAGAAUAGCUGCCUUGAGGAAUUACAGAAUCGCAGUCAGCAAGCGCAGUGUCUGAACUCGCUGGCAACGUUGUCCAAGAAGACAAAAUAUCAGCCCUGAAGCAUGAAUCGAGGGAUUGGCCAAGCUCUGUGUGUAACAGAGUCACGUUACUGGUUGUACAGCAUGCCGGAGUGUGCAGUCACCACCCAUUGAGGCUUGACAUUUUACCUGCCUCGCAACAAGCACGACAAUUGGCCUUUUUCCUGUGCUCCUGGUCUGAACAUUAAAUGCAGACUGUUUAAACCAAUUUAAAAACCCUGGCUGUGGCUAGAAGUCUCUUGGAGAUAUUUUGGUUUUCUUUCACAUCUGCUAUCUUGGCCUUCAUAUCGCAGUUCGGUUUUCAGUGGACUAUCGACUGCAUAAACUUUUUAUUUGUAUUUUUUUUUUUAAAGAAAAUAAUAAUCUGAUAUUUUAUAUUUCCUUUUUAUUUCUUUACCAUCUUUGUUACAGGUAAAUUGUC